GUCAGUUUGCUCUGCACGUGGCUUACACGGCACUCAGGUGCCCUGCUGUUGCCGCAUUAGGCGAACAUGAACUUCAGUAUUCGACGGACUUUCACCAAGUAAAUUUUCUAAUUUAUCCGCUACUGACACGGUGGUUGAACUGGUCUCGGAGAAGUUUUUUCAGCAGGGGGAAAAAAAUUGCGUUAUUGCCUUGCGGGAAAGCCGGCUCGAACCUGAAUCGCGGAGGUUAGCUAGAAGACUCGACCUUACGGGAAUAUCAUAAACUCGUGUUUGUGUGUGUGUGCGUGCGUAAAUGUCUGUAUAUGCAGGUGCGGCCAGCUUUGAUAGACUUGUAAGGUUUCAGAACUCAAUAGCUCGUUCAGUCGGAACGGUGUGUGUUUUUUCCUCGCGGAGCUGGUUUCUCUUUCGUGCUUCGCUGCCAUUGUGAUUGCGGUGGUGCAACCAGUACAUAUAACAAAUGCAUGUGAUUGUUUUUAUUUCUGAAAUUACAUGAUGUGGAUUAUCAAUAAGCUGCAUUUUCCUAUUAGAGAUAUGGUGCAAGUAAUGUGCGAAAUUGUGAUUUUCAUAGUCAGAAAAUGUUUGUAUUAAUAUUGUGACACACGGCGUAUUAUGUUGAAGUGAUAUUCUGAGGAAUAAUACACUGUGCUUGUACAAUCGGUAAGGCUUCAACGGUAAAUCAGCAACGGUCAGUAAGUCUACAAUAUUUCUUUCUUUUAAAUAUAAAUAAUUUCCUCUAAAACUAUUGUAAUCUGUUGCUCUCUUGAUUUUGUGAACUGUUAGUCAUCUUGUAUGAUAUUUCAUUAUCAAAGCAUUGCUAUUACUUUUUGGUAACUUAUUUCAAUUCAUUUAACUGCAGAACUGUUAAUCAUUUGAUAAAUAUUUAUUGGAAAAAUACGCUAUUGGCUUCACUACUGAGAGAAAUGUUUAUUGUCAGCAUUUUCUUUUUAUUUUAAACUGACUGAAAAUUUUACUGAAAACCUAUUUGAAUUCUACUUUCGUAUUUCAUUAAAUAUAUCUUAAUCAGACUAAUGAUUUGCUCUUUGUUGGAUAUUUUAAUUUUAUUAUAAGGAAUUUGCAAAGAUUUUUUUUUUUUUUUGGUACAAUAUUUUGUUGACUUUGAAAAAUUAACUUUUUAGAACUGUUCUUGAAUUUUCUUAAAAUAGCAUAUGUAAUGAUUAUUAAGAGCAGAAGUGAUAAUGUUUUUCAUUUAUGCAUUGUGUCUUAAAAAUUUGCGCCUUCUUAAAUAUAUCGAUGAGACCCAUCAUAAAUCCAAUGUGGUUGUGCAUGAUGUGAAAGGAAUUUCGUUUCUGACUUAAUUAAAAUGCACUUUUUGCAACUGCUCAAGUUUUAAUAUUCUGAUUUUAGUUUUGUUGAGAUGAACUGAGAAAUAAAUUCAGCGUAAAGAAUUAAUAAUAACCCUAUAUCCAGCAAGGGCUUAGAUAUCAUUCAAUGCUUGUUUCAGAAUGUUAUUAUGUGUGGCUGGCGGUAGUAGUGCUGAAUUUACGCGAGACCGUUCGCGUAGCGGAAGGUGUAGUUCACAGAGUUUACUUAUCCAGAAUAAUGCAAACCAGCAGGUCAUGGUAGAAGAAAGAUGUUCUAUGACAAAUGCGGCCGUGAACGUGUCGUUGGAUCACGUAACGACACAAGAAACCUUGUCCUUUGACCUGCGGGCAAGUCAAAAUGCUUAUGCAAAACCACCUGCGAGUUCGAAAGAAAGCAGUGUGGCAUACAGAAGUAAGGUAUUCGUAGUCAGAGGAGAGGAUUCUGCUUUUGACAGGGUUCCUGAAAAAAAAGAAACUUGUUCCACGACAACUACUUUUAAAUCUAAUGUCGUAAAUGGUAAAAGGAGUACGAACACAAUUCUUGUUCGAUAUAAACCAUCAAAAGCGACUACUGCAUCAUCAGAUGAUGAUGUACAGUUUGAUUUCGGCAGUAAAAAGGACAGGCUAUCUGCCACGCCUGUCAGUUCAUCAUCUUCAUCGACAAUUUCUACCGAGAGUUCAUCAUCAAGUAAGAAAGAGAAAGCUUCAAGCAGUGCUUGGGCUCAGAUUAUGGAAUUAGAGGGUUAUCGAAGUCCAGCCAUUGGAUUAGAUAACGCACCACCGAAACAAAGUGACAAUGGUUUUUGCAGUGCUGAAAAUGCUAGUUGUGAAAGUACUCAGUCAUUCGCGCAUACUGAUUGUUAUAGUUGUGAUAUGAUAACGAAUGAUGUCGGUAACUGUCAAUCUAAGAUUCCCGAGCUGGACAGUAACUACCAUCAUGUUCCAAAACAUUGUUCUUCCCCUUGGGAUGAAAAAGAUUCUUGUUUCAUGAAACAUGGCUCUGAAUAUGAUACUUCAGAAUGCGAAAGUUUGCUGUCAACGUCAUCGAGUUUGAAUGAAUCUUUUAAGAUUAAUAAUGAUGUAUUAUAUCGUCCAAAUAGUCAAUCGUCUACCUGCAUAACCCCUAAAUCAAAUAAUUUUGAUCAAAUACCUACAGCAUGUUUUAAAUCUAAAACUGCUUCAUACUGUAAUCGCGGGGAGAAGUUUUCUUCAAAUACUUCCUUAUCGUGCGCUUCGUCUACAAAAGAACAAAUUCGAAUGGCACAAAAAACCAAAUCAUGUAUGUUAAGAUCUGAGUCAUCUCGAACACCUAAAGGGCCAUCUCAAGAUCGGCCUAGAAACAGAAGAAAAACUCUUCCCGAUGGCAAUUUAAAUUUAGACUGCUCAGAUACUUCAUCUCUUGUUGAUAGCCAGAAUAAGUUUUGUAAAAAUCAAAGUAUUGAGCAGGAUCCCAAUGCCUCUUGGGGUAGGUAUAAUUCUAGAGCAAUGAGAGAUUCCGUUCGCAAACUUGCCGAAAAGUAUGCUGAGACUGUGAAUCUUAGACGUGAGACUCAUUCGAAACUUGAUUCAUUAUCUGGAACUAAAAAUGUUCAACUGACUAGAUACGUUUCUCCUCAUGAUCAGAACCAUGUUCAUUCGCCCAUCCGAACACUGUAUGUUCAAAACAAUUUAUAUUGCCCUCGAAUUGCUAGCAGUACUUCGUAUUUACAUGAAGUGCAUGUUGAAAGUGACUCUCAUCGAAAAAAUCUUCAUUUCAUAGCGCCUUUGUCUACGCAUCACAAUCACAGUAGUGUGCAUAUAUCGAAUAUAGCAUUGAAAGGUACUUCUUCCAAGCUUCAAUUUUGUAAAUAUAAUAGUGAAAAGAAUCAAAUUUUUAGGAAAACUGAUACGUGUAAUAAUGAUUGCAUAGAAGUUCAGAGUUCCGGAAGUGAUACUUCUGCUGAAAUCUCACGGCUAACUAAUACUUAUAGUAAAGAUACAGAUUCAUCGUUUUUUGAUAAACAUGAAAUAAAUGAACACUGCACAGGGGAAGAAAAUUACCAAGCUGAUAGUAAAUUUCGGACAACUAGCUCACGGACAAAAGCUUUUCAAACUUCACAACCAAUGAGCAAUAUUCAAAAGCCUUCAGUGAAAUCUGAGCAAUCAGAUAUUUUCACAGAGGAAGCGAAAGAAUUUGCUCAUCUUUCUGCACAAAUGAAAGACAUCAAAUCAAAGCUAUGUGUUGACUGUGCACAAUCCGCAAGUCGUGGUCCUCCAUCUAAACAACCAGCAUUACGAACAAAACAAUCGAAACCUCAACCUAAAAAUUCUAGUGUGCCAGAUCAUAUAUCUCUUUUAAAAAGAGCGCCUCUAGUAGUCUAUGAAAGUGAUUCAAAUACACCCCCAUACAUUAAACCUUUGGUAUCGAAAAAAAGUGACAAUGCUUCCAAAUAUGACAAUACUUUUGCAACUAGAAGGUGCACAAUGCUUACUGCGCGUGAAAUGGCCGAUCUAGUACAUGGUAACAGUUUUGGCAAAAUAAACGAUACUAGAUUACCGCAAGUAAGUGUUACGAAUAAAGUGACCAGCUGGAUUCAGAAGCAGAAAGAUAAAAGGAAACCUGUGUUUUUUAUCGGCGAUAUGCCAUCACAUUUUACCGACAAUGACAAAAGUUCGAGUUGUACUGUUAGUGACCCUAAACAUAAUAAUCGAAAAUCAAGACGAUCUUUAUCCUUGUCAAAUGUGAGAGAAGGAGAAGUAUCUACAAACUGUAGUACAAUAAGCAAGAAUAACUGUUCUAUUAACCAUUCAACGUUACAACUGAAUGCAGUACCAAAUAGUAGUGACAGUGUUUCUAACGAUCACCAUUAUAAAGGCUUGUUCAUUAAAAGGGCAUCUAGUAGCUGCAGCAACAGAGGGUCAUCCCGCAGGAAAGCACGUCAAGGUUCACCGGCUCAGGAGACAGAGUUAUUUAAAAAAAACCGUAAUUCUGGCCGGAAUCAGGCUGACGGAUAUAUUGUAUCGUGGAGUAAUAGAUUUCAGAGUAAAAUUAAAAAAGAUUGUCAUUCUAGUAAUAAUGUGGACAUCGAUGUUGAUACUGAAUCUUUAAAAUCGGAAAAAGGUAAGAACAUAUAUGAAUCGGAAGUUAUUCUGGCUCAGAAAAGUGCAUCCUUAAUCACAAAGAAUAAUAAAUCAAACUAUGAAAGAGAAACUCUUGACAAAUUUGUCCGAGGACAAAAUAAAAGUUUCUGCAAAAUUUCUGGCAGUGUUUCGGAAACAGAUUCAAGUGAAGAGGGCAAAAGAAAGGCUGCUAGCGAUUCAUCAGAUCAAGAUAAGUUUUUACCAUUUACCAGCGAAAUUCACUUUGAUAAUUCUGAAUUAACUGACACGUCUAAGUGUGAACGAUCUGGAUUAUCCAAAAAAUUAUUAAACAUUAAACAUUUGACUAGGGCACUGUCUUUACAUUCCCUGAAGAAAAAAUCGAAAGAGUUAACUGCUCCAGUUUCUUUUAAAGCCAAUUCGGAAUCUUCUCCUGUGGUCGAUUGUAAAUUGAAUACAGGAAGUAAAAGAAAGAUUGAGAAUAUUAAAUACGGAUCGCUUCGUAAGAGUUUGUCCUAUAGUGAGUUGACUGCUAGAGUAACAAAGUUAUCAGGUAAAUUUGAAUCGCCCUUAAAUGUACAUACAGAAGAGCGAUUACCAGUUGCACCAUCAGUUACAAAGUUUAUUUCUAACUCGAAAAGAAAUUGUUCAUGUUCAGCUUCACUUCGGCGCUCAGUUUCGCUCUUGUGGAAAUUUCCCUUAAGCAGAAGUGGAGAAUGUGUAAUAGAAGAGCCAAGAGGUGACCUCUUAGCUAGAAUUUGUUUUUCUCGAUUGUACAGCCGGAAUGCUAUUCCACCUUUCAUUAGACAUCUGAAAAUCAAAAGCACGACAGUUAAAGUGAAAGAGCUUAAUUGUGUCAAUGAUUCUGGUGACCACAUGAAGGAUGAAUUCAUUCCUCCUAUGGAUACCCAUCAAAAGGAAUACUUCAUGCAGCCGGCCAUUGUUUCUUUGCCUCAUUUAGCUGAAAGUGAUGCAAAUAUUCUACGGAAAAGAGCGGCUUCCACUUCUGAUUAUUCACCCAAAUCUAAAGCCAUUCAGCGGCCAGUAUCAGUCGCAGAUUGCUUAACAUUAGAAAAUUCUUCCUGCAUAAAAAUUCCUGAUGGCAAACAAGACGUAUCUAGGGCAGCUUCAGAUAUCGGAAAUUCAGAAGAUCAGCAGAAAAAUGUAACAAGUCUUGAUCAGAUCUGGAGAGCAAAUCCUGUAAAGUUAUGCAGAGUCCACUCUCGUUUACUUAUGUGUCGCCAUAAGGGCAGAUAUCGUCUCAGGCGUUCAAUCAGUCAGCCAGUAGAAUUAGAAAUGACUGGUUCUAUACACAACCUUAGAGAUUCCACACAUGGUUCUGCUGAUCAUGAUAGUUUCCAAAAAGGCAGUUUGUCAUCAGACGAUGAAGCUUCAUCUGAGAGUGAUAUAUACCAUAGUUACUGUUGCAGUCCUACACGUCGAUCGAAUACCUGUUGGGAGUUGUCAGGGGAAGGUACUAUGUAUGCAGAGGCUCUUUGGGAUCAUGAAACUCUAGAUUCUGAAGAACUGCCAUUUCAAGCCGGUGAUAUCAUUGAAGUUACUGAUACUAGUGAUCAUGAUUGGUGGUGGGGCACCAAAGAUGGAAAUGGAGGAUGGUUUCCAUCUGCCUUUGUUAGGUUAUAUGUGAAUCAUCGUGGCCCUUCACUUCAUUUCAAUGGACAGCAGUCUGAAGGUAUUCAAAUUCCUUACUCACCAUGCAAAGUCAGCAUGAAUAAUUUAAGCUGUGAGCAAGUUCGAGCUAAUAUAGUUCAAGAAAUAGUAGCUACUGAAAGGGAUUAUGUCAAACAUUUGAAAGAUGUAGUUGAAGGCUAUUUAAAGCAAGUUCAUCGUCGCCCUGAUAUGUUUAGCAAAGAGAGAAUUGAAACAGUAUUUGGUAAUAUAAAAGAAAUAUACAACUUUCAAAGUCAGUUUUUGAAGCAAUUAGAGGAUCGUUUGGAUAAAGAUUCACCUCAUUUAAGCCAAAUUGGAGAUAUAUUUUUGAAUCAUAAAGAAGAAUUUAAAAUGUAUUCACAGUACUGCAAUAAUCAUCCAUUAGCUGUGAGUGAAUUACAAGAAUUAUAUUGCGAUUCACAGUACAUUCACUUUUUUGAGGCAUGUCGGCUUCUUCAAGAAAUGAUAGAUAUUUCUCUAGAUGGUUUCCUUUUGACUCCAAUUCAAAGAAUUUGCAAAUAUCCUUUGCAGCUAGCUGAAUUGCUCAAAUUUACAGAUGCAAGCCAUCCUGAUCACAUUCCCGUUACAAAUGCUUUAGCAGCAAUGAAAGAUGUAGCUGAACUUGUAAAUGAACGAAAGCGUCGCAUGGAAUGCUUAGAGCGCAUAGCUGAAUGGCAAAGUACCAUUGAAGGAUGGGAGGGCCCUGAUGUUCUUGACACAAGUUCAAUCCUUAUUCAUUGUGGUGAAGUCACAAGGGUAUCAUCAUCAUGGUCACGGGAUAUUUAUUUGUUCAUAUUUGAUCACCAGCUUAUAUAUUGCAAAAAGGAUCUUUUGAAACGGCAUACUUAUGCUUACAAAGGCAGAUUAAACCUUGACUACUGUGAUAUUGUAGAUGCUGAAGAUGGUAAAGAUUCUCAGUUUGCUGUUAAUGUGAAAAAUGCCUGGAAGAUUUAUUGCAGAGACAAAGACAAAUGGUAUCUGUUUUAUGCCAAAACAUCUCCCGAGAAAGACCAGUGGCUUCGUGCUUUUAAGGCAGAGAGACAAAGAGUUAUUGAUGAUGAAAAUCAAGCAUUUGUUGUCACAGAAGAAGCUAAGAAAAGUGCCAGAUUAGCUGUACAUAAUAAACAGAAACCCAAAAGACCAAGAGCAAAAUUUACAAAAGGUCGUCGCUGCCAUCCUGAUGCAGCAGUCACAGAGCUUCUUCUCGACUCACCGAGUGCCAAAGCACGCAGUGGAAGCCUUCCUUCAAAUAUACACCCUGAAUUGGCUAUCAUGGCUGGUGCUAAAUUAGGGCCUACUAGGAAAAAGGGAUCUGGUUGGUUUCAUUUUGGAAGUGGUAAAAAACCUAAAAGUUAAAAAAGCUGCGUUCCAAACAGACAUUGCAACUCAGGUGCCAUACUAUGCUUGUUAUACUUACUGCUGGAUCUGGAAUCAAUCUUUACUUGUUUUAAAAAGGAGGAGAGCUAAGAAUUUGAAAGAUCUCAGCACAGGCUUGUUAUCGUGGCACGCUACUGUUAUUGCAUGCCUGAUCUGUACUUUAAGCACGUAUCACAUUCGGUGUUUUCACUUGCCCAGAUGUGCAGUUUGUUAGGCUGUAAUUCUAAUGUAUGAGAUCAUGGUAUGUCCAUUGCCCCCUUAAGGUGGCAGCUUGCUGAUGUUGUGGAAGUUCAUACUUCUUUAAUAAAUGUUUUCUUUUCAAGUGGGGGCAUAAAAAAUUAAAGUCCUGUUGAUAUUUAUUAAUGGGUUGUGUGAUAAGUUCAAAUCCUUGCAUAUGUCUGAAAAUAUUUUUACACACAUGAAUAGCAGUUUUUUAACCAAUAAAUGUGUAUUAUUUAAGCAUGUCUCUUAUUUUACACAAAAUACUAGCAAAACCGAAAACUUAAAACUUCCUUAAACGAGAUAUGCUCAAAUGCACACACAUCUGUAUUUUUUAAAUUCCUAUUAACGAAUUGUCUUUGAUGUAUGAAUUCACAUUGCAUUGUGACAUCAGAAAGGUUUUCAGAGUCAUUAUUUUUCAGCAUAUUAAUUUUAUCAAAUGAAAGUACUUUUUAUUACUAGCUAUUCAUCAUUUACAUUUCAUUGUAUUCAUGAAAGUUUUCAAUCAGCAAAAUGUGAGGAGCAUAAGAAUUUUCAUAUUAAUUUGGAAAAUCAUGUAUUGCCUCCAUUUCAUUAACAUAAGUAUACAAACAUGUGACUGUCUCAUUUAUGGAAUAAUUAUUAGAAAUAAAGCUGACAAAAAAUUUAAGUUUUGCUGUAAUCUUUUAUUGUUUAUGCAAAAUAAAUAUGAAUGUGUGAGAUAUGAGUAAACUGGCAGGCAUAAAGUCAUAUUUCAAAAAACAUUUCAACAUGACACAAUAGUACAUCUUUAAGAAAUGUGUGAACAUAUACUAAAGCAUUUCUGCCACUAAAAUGGGAUUUGAAUUUAGUCGUAAAAUGAUACCUUUUUCUUAUGUAUUGUUUGUGUGGAGUAUGUUUUUGCAUAAUGGAAUCAUUUUUUUAUUUAUUGAUAUGUUCUGGUUUGAGAGGAAGUUUUAAUAUCUUGCCUAGUCCAAAGUGUUCAUCUGAUAGCAUGUUUUUAAGUGUGUAUCUGUACAGUCUUGUGAGUGGUUUAAAAUCAAUAUAAUUUUAAAUUAGAAUAUAUUUGUAGAAGUCACUGUAUAUAACCAUUACCUUAUAUUGUUUUUCUACUUGCUUUUAUGCCCAAGAGAUUUUUUACAUGCAUUUGUGAUAUGGCAUGGCGUAAUGUUUGACUUUUCCCCCUUAAAUUCUUAAUUUUUAAAUAUUAAAUUUUUACAGACUAAUAAAACAACUUUAAAUAUAGAAUGUUACUUAUCUGCAGGUUUCUUAAUGUUAAAAUUAUCUGUAAUAAUUUCAAUCAUAUUUAAUUUUGAUAAUAUUAUUUGUACUCGCAUAAUUUCGCCCCUUUUUACUAGUUUUAUUACUUGAAAAUCAACAAGGGAAACUUAUGUGCUUCGUAUUUUUUCUGAGAAGGGGUUAAAGAACAAAUUACAAAAUGCACGUGAAUAGACAUAUUUAUGUUACUGUAUUCUAUAACUGAAAAGAAAUCAGUAGCAAUUAUUACAUUUACUAUCUUUUAACUUGCACAAUGUGCUUUGAUAUCUACCCACUUUUUUGUUACUACCAUAAAUCGUAUGUUCCAAAAUAUAGGGGAGGAAAUAUGUGAGUAAAAACAGUAAUUAAAUAAUUCAUCAUACUUCUUUUAUUAAGUGUAACAAUUUAGAAAAGAGGGUUAUGUCAUGACUGAUCCAUAACCGAAUGCUGCACUUUAGUUUAUUCCCUUCCAAAUAGAAUAAACAUUCCUUGGAGCUCUCAGUAUUUUAAAAAUUUAUAUUGAAGUUAAAUACUGAAAUAUUUAUUUUUUAAAAGUAUUAACUGCUAGGGUUUUUGAAUUAUUUUAAAAUUAUUCUUGAAUUUCUUCUCAAAUACUAUAUAGAUUGAAUUUUUAUUUGUAGUGUGGAAAGUCUUCCUGAAAUGCAUAAACAAUGUUAUAUGAUUAAAGUUGUAUAGAUAUUGCCUUUAUGCAUAACACUAAAUUAUUGAACUGUAAUUAAAAAGAGAAUUUAUGGUGAAAAAUUGAAAUUGUUCAAUAGUGUUAUAUUUAAGCAAAAUUUUAUACAUUCUAUGUAUAUCCUUACAAAUGUAGUAUUUAAUUGAAUGUUAUGGAUAAUAAGAAAUUCAAUAUUUAGAUAUUCUAAAGUUUUUUUCAAGAGGAAAACACAGCCAAAUGCAGGAUUUAAAAAAUGGUUAAUGUUUUCACAUUUUAUGUCUUAUCAUCAGCUCUUCAGUUAAAAAUAUUCGAUUCAGAGUAGUUAUGUAUGUGUAAAUAUUUGUGUGAAUAGCUCUGUUAAACUUUUUUCACCUAAAUAUUGGAAAAUGCAUGUUUGAACCAAAACGUUCAAACAUGGCAUUCUUCAGUGUAAUAAUGAAUUCAAUUGGCAUUCUUCAGUGUAAUAAUAAAAGAUCUGUAUAUAUAUAUAAGUCAAGUGAUUGGAAGAUGGCACAUCAAUUUUAAUAGCAGUUGAACACAUUUUCCCAUAGGUAUCUGCUUGUAACAUAUCAUUUCUAAUUAAAUAUAUGUGUUACUGUUCAA